ACUGUAUCCAGGUAACUCCCUGCUGUACUAAAAAAAUUAAAAAGGGAGAAACGGUGAGAAACGAUAACGAAACUAAAGUGAACCUUGGCAAACUGGCAGAAAAAAUAACAGAAUCAAAAUAACCGCAUCAGUCAAAAAUAAUUAAUGAAAAGAUUACAAGUUAUUGUAGCCCAGGUAAUUUUAGAUGUGCUUUUCCCCCUCUUUUACAUCUUGCAAAUUUCUUCUUAAUGCGUUAAGAAAGCGAGGGUCUAAAUUACUGUGUUCAAUACAGGUGCUAUGACUAUGAGGGUCUUCACUGUGUUCAGAGGAGAUGCUCAGUGGGGGGUCUUUCUUUGUUCAGCAGAGGUGCUCGGUGACGGUGUGGAUCUGUGCUGUGUCGGAGGUGUUCAGGGAGAAUGUUUCCUCUGCUCAUCGAGGGUGUCUCCCUCUCCUCCGUCUCCUCCGUCUCCUCCCUCUUCUCUCUCUGCGCCGUCGGGCUCCUGACGCGUCGCUCCGUCCGUUAUAAGCGGCUCCGCUGGGGGCUCCGCAGAGCGCAGGCGCCCUGAAGCGGCUGCGGGUUCAAAACGGCCGGCUAUGCCGCUGAGCCGAGGCAGCCGAGCUGGGAGCGACUGAUCGGCGCAUCCAUCGGGACCUGCGAAGAGCGCGCCGCGCCGCGUCGCGUCGGUCGGGUCGUGGACGGGGACGCGGAGGAGGAGGAGGAGGAGGAGGACGCGGAUUUUGCGUGCCUUUUUCGUGAACCGUGAACGCGCUCCGUACCCGGUACCCGGUAGUCGGUACCCGGGCUGAGAGCUUAAAUCUCCGCCGACGGGAUUUACUCCAUCUACUCGCUCCACCAGUUUUGCUCUUCACUCGCUGAACGCAAGCAGCAAAUAAAUCGAAAGAGAAACUGCCGCGCCGCGGUCGCGAUGGUUUUAUUCACGUUCCGCGCUCCACGACGCGCGAGCAGCGCGUGUCCCGGGCCGCUGUGCCUGCAGCUCGUGCUGUGGAUUGUGUGCGCGGUUUGCGGAGAGGAGCCGCCGUUCAGCGUGGAGGCAUGGCUACAGCGUUAUGGCUACCUCCCACCCACUGACCCCAGAAUGUCCGUCCUGCGUUCCGCCCAGACCAUGCAUUCAGCUAUCGCUGCCAUGCAGCGUUUGUAUGGUCUCAACGUCACAGGAACGCUGGACAGGAACACCAUCGACUGGAUGAAGAAACCCCGCUGUGGGGUACCAGACCAACUGGGAGGUGCAUCCAGGUUCAGUGUGCGAAGACGACGGUACGCCCUCACGGGGCAGAAGUGGCAGCACAAGCAUAUCACCUAUAGCAUAAAGAACUUCACGCCUAAGGUGGGUGCAGAGGAAACGCACAACGCUAUCCGCCGAGCCUUCCAGGUGUGGCAGAGUGUCACGCCUCUGCGCUUUGAGGCCGUGCCCUACAGCGCCCUGGAGAACGGCAAGCGUGAUGUGGACAUCACCAUCAUAUUUGCCUCUGGUUUCCAUGGCGACAGCUCCCCCUUCGAUGGGGAGGGGGGCUUCCUGGCACAUGCCUACUUCCCAGGGCCUGGAAUUGGGGGCGAUACUCACUUUGACUCAGACGAGCCCUGGACCCUCGGGAAUCCCAACCACGAUGGAAAUGACCUCUUCUUGGUCGCGGUGCAUGAAUUGGGCCAUGCGCUGGGCCUGGAGCACUCUAAUGACCCCACUGCCAUCAUGGCGCCCUUCUACCAGUACAUGGACACAGAGAACUUCAAGCUGCCUUAUGAUGACCUGCAGGGCAUCCAGAAGAUAUAUGGUCCGCCGGACAAAAUCCCCCAACCCACCAGGCCGCUGCCGACGGCACCUCCCCCACGGAGCCACGCCCCCUCAGACCCUCGCAAGCACGACAGGCAGACGCGGCCCCCGCGGCUGCCCAACGGGGACAAGCCCCCCUACCCGGCAGGCAGGCCCGAUAUCUGCGAGGGGGGCUUCAACACAUUGGCUAUCUUGCGCAGGGAGAUGUUUGUGUUCAAGGACCAGUGGUUCUGGAGAGUCAGGGACAACACGGUGAUGCCUGGCUACCCCAUGCAGAUCAGCUACUUCUGGAGAGGAUUACCUCCCAAGGUUGACGCUGUGUACGAGAACAGCGAGGGCAAGUUCGUCUUCUUCAAAGGGAACCGGUUCUGGGUGUUCAAGGACACCGUGCUCCAGCCCUCCUAUCCGCAGGACAUCUCCACAUUUGGUAAAGGGAUGCCGGCGCAGAACAUUGAGACAGCUGUGUGGUGGGAGGACGUUGGCAAGACGUACUUCUUCAAAGGCGACAGGUACUGGCGCUACAAUGAGGACAUGAGGACCAUGGACCCUGGCUACCCCAAACCCAUCACAGUGUGGAAAGGCAUCCCAGAGUCUCCCCAGGGGGCUUUUGUGGACAAAGCCAACGGCUUCACAUACUUCUACAAGGGCAAAGAGUACUGGAAGUUCAACAACCAGAAGCUGCGCGUGGAGCCAGGGUAUCCCAGGUCCAUUCUGAAGGACUUCAUGGGCUGCGAGAUGUCCCUGGACCCCGACAGGGAUCGCGAGAGGGACCGUGAGCGGCAGCCGCCACCCGAGGAGGACGUGGAUGUGGUCAUCAAGCUGGACAACACGGCGGGUACAGUGAGGGCGGUGGCUAUUGCCAUCCCCUGCGUCCUGGCCCUCUGUCUCCUGGUGCUGGUGUACACCGUCUUCCAGUUCAAGCGGAAGGGUACCCCCCGGCACAUACUGUACUGCAAGCGCUCCAUGCAGGAGUGGGUGUGACAGUGUGGCUUCCCACACCACCCGUCCUCAUCCCGUACCGUCACGACCAGACACCACCUGCGUCGGUCAAGGUGGAAAAUCGACGAUAACCUGCGGACUGCGGUCCAGCCCUUCCUACGCAUCCUUGGUUUUUUGGCGAUGGGGAGAGGAGGCGUGCACCUCAACCUCCUCGUGGGGGGGAGGGGGCUCAUUAGUUAAACUGCCGCUCCUCUUUGCUCAGUGCAUCCAUAAAAUGGGGUAGGCCUUCAGCUUGGACUCUUCCCACGGUGCACUGCGUUCUCCUUCGCCGCAUCAGGUCUUUUGUUCAGUGGGAAAAAAUGACUGUGCUGUAUCUAAAUGUUAUUCCCCGCUUCAAGCUCAAAACAAAAAGAAAUCCUCUGGAAGUUACUGGAGGAGACACGUUUUUCUUUUUUCUUUGUGUCAUCCUUAAAAUAAUUUAUUUUUCCAGACACUUUCUAAAUGCCCUUUAAGCAUCAUACUUGCGAAGACGAAACACCCGAACCAAAAAGACUUUCUCUCCAAAGAGAACCACUUCCUUUUUGAGUUCUUAUUUUUCUAUCUUUUGCUUUUUACUUUCCUCCUUGUCCUCUGCUCUUGAUACUUUGCAGCGAUUGGGAGCCGGGAACUCUGACUGUUGCGGCAGCGUGCCUGCAAAACAGGGGCCAAGAUUAUCUGCAAUAUUUUUAACCGCCUUAAUUACAGAUCGUGUUCUUCUCGUAUUCUUUUUGUACGCUGCUUUUGUUUGUGGAAAGAGCUGGAUGCAGAAGCAUCCUCCCCUGUGACCUUCCUCUGACUGACAGGCCUUGACCAAGCGUCUUUGCCAAGCGCCACAGGGGCCGAUCUGCCAAACCGCGGGAACAGGGCAGGAGUCAGCCGGCGCUCACAGUGAAAUAUAUCAGUCAAAGUCAGAGUGAGGCCCAAGCCGCAUCCGGAAUAAGCCACUAAAUCCACUGUUAUGUUAUUGUAAACGGCCCAUUCCCUCUAUCAGUUGUGUGCGCGAGAAUGCAAGGUUAUGGGAAGUGGAGGAGAAACGAUGCAUGGACUGAUCCCAGAAACCGACCACUGUACAUCUCCGAUCUUCAGUCUACCCAGCCUGUCAUUUACUGGGUGACUCCGAGGGACGGUCACUGCCACCGUUACCAAGAGUCCUCCAGAUUCCACCCAUCUUGAGAUCUGCAGUAGCGAUGCUGUCGGAGCGAGCUGCUCGAGUCCACAUCUUCAACGCCACAGCAGCGCCGUAGACUGGUGAAGGUGCCAACUCUUGUGAACUGGUCACUUGCCUUGAGACUGGGCUAGAGCUGCCUGUAUGGCAGUGCUACCAGCCGCACCUGACCAGUCCUAUCCCCAGUGCUUCUUGUUCACUUUGCUGUUUUUAUUUUUGUUUUUUACUUUUCUUUUCCUGGUACAAUGGAAAAGACGAUGAAACCUCAAGACUGAAGCGGUACAUUCGAUAUCUCAAAUGAGCUCGACCCAUGUGGAGUGGUUGUUUUUCUUGGUGUCAGUUUGACUUUAUUAUGCAGACGCACAUAUAAAUUUUUUUUUUUUUUUUGCUUAAUUCUUU